AUACGACGACUUUAUAUAACCUAAAAUUAAAUUUUGUGACUGAACUCUGCAUUUUGUUAACUGAAAACUAAACGUGAAGCGUCCACAAGAACCAAGCCAGGAUGUCAGAUUUCGAGAGCGACUUGCCCAGCACCGACAGAGAGCUGCAGGAGUUCAUGAUGAUAGAGCAACAGAAGGCAAAGGUCCAUGAACAGAUACACGAGUUCAACGAAGUCUGCUGGGAGAAGUGCAUUGGAAAGCCCAGCAACAAGCUGGACAGCGCCACAGAGACAUGCCUGACCAACUGCGUGGACCGCUUCAUUGACACAUCGAUCCUGAUCACGCAACGCUUCGCACAGAUUCUGCAGAAGCGUAACUAGAAGGACAUGUGAGGCCGGCAAGGGCGAAGCUUCCAUGUUGGAAGCCGCCAGUCGACCCAAAGGACAGGACGCUCCUUCCCUUCCCUCUGUCCUGCGGCUGCCUGCACCCAAUGUCCUACUGUUAAAACUAUUUUUAAACAAUUACCAUGUAAGAACCUUUUUUUUGACGUGUCUUCGAUCGGACGCUCGGUCCCGUCUACACACCACACACACAAGUGGCCAAGCCACUCAAUGGCCCAAGACUACCGCCCGGCGCUAGAUUUACCCCUGCUGCCAGCCGCGGGGCCAUGUCUGUUGGCCAUUGGGUGGACGACGACGACACGACCUUCAAAAGCCACCAGUACAACUUCAGUGUGUUCUAUAUAUGUAGCGCCGUGUAUAUAAUAAUAAUAUAUACAUAAAUAUAUGCUUCUGUUGUUGGCUUGAAGCUAUUUGAAACGAAACCAAAA